AUGGUGCUGUUCGAGCUGAUUAAACCGGCUCCGUUGACGGAGAAAGUGCAGUCCCGCCAGGGAAACAUAUAUCUGUACAGGGGCAUGUGGAUUAUAGGUUGGAUCCCUCCGAAAUCGGGAAUCCUGAGAUAUGUGUAUCUCUUCUGGACCUGCGUGCCCUUCGCUUUUGGGGUGUUCUAUUUGCCAGUGGGCUUUAUCAUCAGUUAUGUUCAGGAGUUCAAGAACUUUACGCCUGGAGAGUUUCUCACCUCGUUGCAAGUGUGCAUUAAUGUGUAUGGUGCCUCGGUGAAGUCAACCAUCACCUAUUUGUUUCUUUGGAGACUGAGGAAAACGGAGAUGCUAUUGGACCACUUGGAUAAGAGGCUGAGAAAUGAAAGUGAUCGGGAAAAGAUCCACAAUAUGGUGGCACGUUGCAAUUAUGCCUUUCUGAUCUACAGCUUCAUUUACUGCGGAUAUGCGGGAUCGACUUUUCUAUCCUACGCACUGAGUGGCCAUCCUCCGUGGUCCGUUUAUAAUCCUUUUAUAGACUGGCGCGAUGGUUUGGGCAGCCUGUGGAUCCAGGCGAUCUUUGAGUACAUAACCAUGUCCUUUGCCGUGCUGCAGGAUCAGCUUGCCGAUACGUAUCCUUUGAUGUUUACCAUUAUGUUCAGGGCACAUAUGGACAUUCUUAAAGAUCAUGUGAGAAAUUUGCGCACAGAUCCGGAUUUAAGUGAGGAAGAGAACUAUCAGGAGUUGGUUAACUGCGUAAUGGAUCAUAAGAUGAUACUCAGAUGCUGCGAUAUGAUUCGACCCAUGAUUGGGCGCACUAUUUUCGUGCAGUUUGCCCUAAUUGGAUCCGUUUUGGGUUUGACUUUGGUGAAUGUGUUUUUCUUCUCGAACUUCUGGAAGGGAGUGGCCUCCCUUUUCUUCGUCAUCACCAUCCUGCUGCAGACGUUUCCCUUCUGCUACACCUGCAACCUGCUAAUCGAUGAUGCCAUGGACCUGUCCAACGAGAUUUUCCAAUCGAAUUGGGUGGACGCUGAGCCACGUUACCGGUCCACAUUGGUUCACUUCAUGCACCACGUCCAGCAGCCGAUUAUUUUCAUAGCAGGAGGCAUAUUUCCCAUCUCCAUGAACAGCAACAUAAGCGUGGCCAAGUUCGCCUUCAGCAUCAUUACAAUAGUGCGGCAAAUGAAUCUGGCCGAGCAGUUCCAGUAG